GUCAGAAAGGCAUGUAAAAUGCCUCGGUGACGAUGGUCAAUGGAGGGGUUACAACUAAUUUAGUAAAAUGAAAUAGUUGCAUAAGAACAGUACGGCAAAUUUAUAUUAUUUCUGAUAAGGGAAAGAUAAGGAGUUUCCUUUUCUAGAUAAACCAACAAACUAUUCAUAUGUUUAGAUAUCGUCAUCUGAGUACAAUCUGAAUAUUUGCUAUUUAUCGAACGUAUAAUGAUCGUGAAUUUGGUGAAGGAAUUUUGAACUUACCCUUCUAGUGUUAGUGUUCUGUGAGGAGACCGGGAAUACAGUUUGAUGCGGCUUUUUCCAUUUUUCAAAAUAUGGCAAAAAAUGUGAAAAUUACUGUGGUCGGAGAUGGAAUCGUUGGAAAAACCUGUCUUCUGAUUUCAUACACACAAAAUAAGUUUCCUGAGGAGUAUGUGCCUACAGUAUUUGAACAUUAUGGACAGAAAAUUUGUGUAGAUGGUGAAGAAUAUAAUAUGACUCUAUGGGACACAGCAGGCCAAGAAGAUUAUGAACGUUUGAGGCCUUUAUCUUAUCCCAACACAGAUUGUUUUAUUGUCUGCUUUUCAGUAGAUCAAAGUUUGGCUUCUUAUGAAAAUGUUACUCUAAAAUGGGUUCCUGAAGUUCGACAUUACAAACCGAGCACUCCAAUAAUUCUAGUAGCCACAAAGGUAGACUUGAGAGAAGACCCCACAAAAAGUUGUUACAACAGACGCGAUGGUAAAAAAUUAAAGAAAAAAGCAAAGGCCGCUGCUUACAUGGAAUGCUCAGCUAAAACCGGAGAAGGCUUAGAAGAAAUAUUUAUAGAGGCUAUCAAAAUUUUCAGGAAGGCCAAGACGAAGCCUACAGUCAGAGAAUGCGUCCUAAUUUAACAUUUUCUACCUUAAUCAAAACAAAAAAAGACAGCAAACGUUUCAAGUUGGCUAUGGAACUCUGCACCUCAGAGACUUCAGCUCGAGAUCCCUUGAAACGUUGGCCCUAAUGGAAAAUGUAUUAAAAAACAAUGAAUUAACUUAUCACAUUAUAUUUAUAAUAUCAUUACAACUAGUAUGUUUAUGUUUCCAGUAUUGUUAAAGAAGCAGUAUGAAGCGUUGUUUCAAUUUCUUUGUGAGAAAUUUGCAUUGCUAAAUAUAUUUUCAGAAAU